GCGAGACGUUGUGGAUCUUUAACUUGCUACACACAAAACGAGCUUCAAACGAUUUAAGUCUGACUUUCUGGCAUUCUGAACUCAUCAACCCAAGACAGAAUGAGUGUCAAACUCACAGAGGGGGCAGUCGAAGCCCUGUUCAAUGGCUCACUGGUAAAUAAUCCUGUGCUACAGCUGCUGAAUAUCCGUCAGAUGAAUACUGGGUCAGGCCCACCCAGAUUUCGGCUCAUGAUGAGUGAUGGCCUGCACUCUAUGACUUCAAUGAUCCUGGCCACACAGCUGAACAAUCUGACAGAUGACAAUCUGUUGACACCUAACUGUGUGUGCAUGCUGAAGAAGACCACCUCCAACAACUUGGCAGAUGGCAGGCGUGUGGUGAUUGUGAUAGACAUGGAUAUCAUUAAGUCAGCUGAGGAAAUCGGAGGAAGGAUUGGAAAUCCCACUCCAAUUAAUGCAGAUAGUAAAACGUCAUCUUCACAGGAUCCUGUCUCAAGCACCGCGGUUUCAUCAUCAUCCCCUCCACCCGCAGCAGUACCUGGACCCUCACAUAAUAAGAGUAGCAGUACUCUCACUCCUCCAAAAGGAUGCGGUAGAGGUUUUACGGGAAAGUCACCGAUGAAGGCUUCCAACACCUCUCCAGUGUCUACAACAAAAGUGAUUCCUGUUGCAUCUCUCAACCCCUACCAAAGCAAGUGGACUGUAAGAGCACGAGUCACCAACAAGUCCAGUAUCCGCACAUGGAGUAACUCAAGAGGAGAGGGAAAGCUCUUCUCCUUUGAGAUAGUGGAUGAGAGUGGUGAAAUCAAGAUCACAGCCUUCAACAAGGAAGUGGACAAGUUUUUCUCUCUAGUGGAGCAAGGCAAGGUGUACUAUAUUUCCAAGGCUUCAUUGAAGGUGGCCAACAAACAGUACACGACACUGAAGAAUGACUAUGAAAUGACUCUCAAUGCUCAGUCCUCCGUUGUGCCAUGUGAUGACAGCCAGGGUGUCCCAGAAAUGCUCUGUGACUUUGUUCCCAUUGCAGAACUGGAGAACAGAGACAAAGAUGCAAUCAUUGAUGUGAUCGGGGUGUGUAAGAGUGCUGAGGAUGUUUCCCGCAUCACCACUAAGACCAGCAGAGAAGUCUCCAAGAGGGCCCUCAACUUAAUAGACACAACAGGCAAAGUGGUGACUGUGACUCUGUGGGGUGAGGAGGCAGAGAAGUUUGAUGGCUCUGGGCAGCCUGUGGUUGCCAUCAAAGGAGCUCGCUUGUCUGAUUUUGGGGGCAGAUCACUCUCUGCUUUGUUCAGCUCAACAAUCAUGGUCAAUCCAGACAUACCAGAGGCGUUUCAAUUGAGGGCCUGGUAUGACCGGGAAGGCCACUCACAAGACAGCCAAUCCCUGACAGAGACGAGAUCUGUGGGCAGUGGAGCAAAGAUGAACUGGAAAACACUCAGCGAUGUUAAGAAUGAACACAUGGGACAUGGAGAGAAGGCGGAUUAUUUCAGCUGUGUGGCCUCAUUGCUUUAUACUCGUAAGGAGAAUUGUCUGUACCAAGCGUGUCCGUCUGCUGACUGCAACAAAAAGGUCAUCGACCAACAAAAUGGACUAUAUCGCUGUGAAAAGUGUAGUAGAGAAUUCCCCAACUUUAAAUACAGACUUCUACUUUCUGCUAACUUGGCAGACUUCGGGGAUAACCAGUGGGUGACGUGCUUCCAGGAGACAGCUGAGGUCCUGUUAGGUCACAGUGCAGAGACACUGGGACAGCUCAGAGACACAGAUGAGGCUGCAUUUGAUGAAGUCUUCCAGAAAGCCAACUUCACAACUCACAUCUUUAAAAACAAAGUAAAGCUGGAGACUUACAACGAUGAGAGUCGCGUGAAGGUAACCGUAAUGGAAGUCCUACCGAUCGACCACCGGGAAUACAGCAGGAGACUCAUCAGUAACAUCCGCAAACUGGCAAGCCGAACUUGAUCUUAGUCUUUGAGACAGACGCCCAGUGAUUCAGUACGUCUCCCUCUGGUCUCUGACCAGCGUCCGACUUUUUCUGUCAGCGAGAUAAAGGCGUAUCUGAAUGAGGCAGCAGAGGGACUGCCAGUGAUUCAUCUGAUUAAAUGGCAGCCAAACAAAAGACUGAUAUUUAGUUGUUCAUUUCUCUCAACAGACCAUCUGUGAAACACUAGAAGGCUGAUGGAAAUAACAUUUAAUUUAAUGACAUACAAACAAAAAGCCUUGACUUGGUGACGCAGAAGUUAGUUUUAGGACAGUUUUCAGUACAUUUUAAUGCCUUAUAUUCAUCUUGCAGUUAGUGUUAUCAUGUUUUCUGUUUUAUUUUAUUAUUGUUUUUAAAUUUGUGACUCAGGUCAGUAAUUGUACAAAUCUGUGUUGGCGGUGACCAUCUGGUUAGUGUUAAAGUGAAAGCAAUUCAGUCACCCUCUUCUCUUUACUGUUCUUUUAAAGGCAAAGAUGUAGCUGGACAAAACGUGCAUGUCUGAAGUUAGUUUUGGUUUUAAUGGUUUGUUGAAAUUAUGACUUGAGUGUUGUAAAAGAAAAAGUUUUGAGCUUUAGGCUUUCAUAACACACAAAAGGUGUGAUUAAAGGAUGGUAAGAGAA